GUAUCGAUCCACCCACCAAGAGCUACAUUCUGAGCGCCAUGACUACUACAACGAAGAUCAUUCUGCUCCUCCUCGUCCUCGCACCCCUCCUCAUGACCGCCGCGGGCAAAAAAUGUCCCGGCGUGCCGUGGCUGGGCGCGGUGGCGGCCUGCCGCAAGGCGAGCGGCACGAAGCUGAUCUACGACCUGUGCAUCCGCACGAUGCGCGAGGACGGCGUGGACAUGUCGCCGUCGCACAAGAAGGAGGUCACCGCGUACGCGAUUCUCGCCGCGGAGGACGCCGCCAACUCCUACGACAGAUCGAUGCUGGCUGCGAGCAACCAGCUCGAGCACAACGAGUCGCUUCCUGGCCAGGUGAGGGAUGCCUACGAGGGGUGCAUCAACGACUACACCCCGGCGGAGGACUCCCUGGACCGCGCCGUGGAAAAGAUGAAGUCCGGCUGCGACUUCGCCGGGCUCGCCGAUUUGUACCUGAGCGGCGUGGCGAGCCUGGAAAGCUGCAGGACCCGGCUGGUGACGCUGAAGUAUUCGACGCCGGUGUCCCCGAUCACUACAAUAAUGGACGAGUCGCGGUAG